AUGAACCUGGCAGCCACAACACCACCAAACCAAAUCGCUGCCUAUUUGCGAACUCUCCCCGCCAUUCGAGAGCGAUGCACACGUGUCUUCGAUCUGGCAAAAGAGGGAAAGCUGGAGUAUUUUGAGUACCAUCCAGAAAAAGAGCGCGAUGUCGCGGCGUUUUGUGUGGAUAUCAUAAAGAUCCCUCCUCAUGGGCGUUGGCGCCACCUCGAUGCUGGCCGGCCGCGAAUCGCACCGCUCAUCGCGCAGUGGAAGGCAUCCCCUCUACCGCCUAACGACACCGAAAUCGCCAAACGACUCAUCGAUCUCUUCAUGGUCGCCGUCUUGCUCGAUGCCGGCGCGGGCAACAAAUGGACGUACACUGAAGCCGAGAGUGGGCUCCAGUUCAGUCGCUCAGAGGGGCUGGGUGUUGCUGCUUUCCAUAUGUUCAUGCAGGGCUUGUUCUCGGGUGACCCAAACAAACCAUACCAAGUCGAUGCGGAAGGACUUGCUCGGCUGACUGUCGAGAAAAUAAGUGCUGGCAUGCAAGUUACGCCGGAUAACCCAUUGGUUGGGCUGGAAGGCCGCACUUCGCUGCUGGUUAACCUCAGCACGGCUCUACGAACAAGCCCCGAGUUCUUUGGCAGCGCUGCUCGUCCAGGAGGGGUUGUUGAUUUCCUCUCCUCACAAUCACUUGUAUCAUCUGGCACCCACCACGUGCCUGUCGCUGCUCUCUGGCAUGCACUCAUCGCUGGCCUCCAGCCAAUCUGGCCCCCGUCACGGACGUCACUCGCCGGUCUCUCGCUCGGCGAUGUCUGGCCCUGCUCCGCCCUUUCCCAAUCACCCGCCCCCGGCCCAUCUGAUGGCGCGACUUUCGUGCCCUUCCACAAACUCACUGGCUGGCUGACCUACUCCCUCAUUGAGCCCCUUAGCAAAAUCCUCGGCUGGCAUUUCGACGGAGUCGAAGAUAUGACCGGCCUACCCGAAUACCGCAACGGCGGGCUUUUCGUCGACCUUGGUGUUCUGUCCCUCAAACCUAACCCACCAGAAAAGUUGGGGGUAGAUGCAGUCAGCGGGGUGCCCCGUGUUCCACCGACCCAUCCCGCCAUUAUCGAAUGGCGCGCUCUGACCGUGAUUUUGCUGCAACGACCGCACAGCCGCUGCCAUCCAAGAAGCCCCUCUCCGCCCCCGACCUCAGCCUCGCGCAAGUUCUCGAAAGCGCUACCUGGAAAGGCGGGCGUGAGAUCGCCAAAACCCUGCGCGGACCUGUUGGUGGACCUCCAAUCGAGAUUGAGAGCGACGGAACGCUGUUUUGAGGCAUCAUCUACCACGGACAGUUUCUUGAGACCAUCCCUUUUUUCCUAA